CUCUAGCCAGUCGGCACGUUUCCAUAUCCCUCAUUUCUCUCUUCAUCUCGGUGGAGUAACCAAUGCUUCCCCUCCCUGCAAUCCCUAUAACCGUCAUCCCGUGCCUCUCUCAUCCCAUACCUGAGCUUGUUUGAUGGCGGAUAACUCCGACUCCGCGAGCGCCGUACUCCUUCACGGAGAGCUUGACGUAUGGAUCCUCGAAGCUCGCCGCCUCCCGAACAUGGACAUGCUCACCGAGCACUUCCGGCGACUCUGCGUCCCCUGCGGUGCCGUCGUUCCCCAUCGCAGCGCCGAUCGGCACCAUCCUCAUCACCGCCGCUCCAAGGUCAUCACCAGUGAUCCAUACGUCACUGUUAGAGUGGCUGGGGCCACUCUCGCCCGCCUGAUCUCCAACUCAGAAAACCCCAUUUGGAACGAGCAUUUCGUCAUACCUGUCGCCCACUCCGACGAUAAAAUCCAAUUUAGCGUCAAGGAUGACGAUAUGUUUGGCGCUCAGCUCAUCGGUACCGUCUCUAUUCCUGCCGCUGAUAUCAUCGCCGGCGAAAUCGAUCACCAAUGGUUCCCCAUUCUCGGAUCCAGUGGGAAGCCGCCGAAGCCGGAGAGUGCUCUGCUGGUGUCCAUUAGGUUUACCUCCAUGUCGGAGACUCCAGAGUAUAGGCAUGGUAUAGCCGGGGAUCCGGAGAGGAAAGGGGCGCGGAAUACCUAUUUUCCUAUUAGAAAAGGGGGGUUGGUGACGCUUUACCAGGAUGCUCAUGUGAGGGAGGGGGAAUUGCCGGAGAUUAGAUUGGACGGUGGGAGGGUUUUUAAGCAUGAAAAGUGCUGGGAGGAUCUUUGCCAUGCUAUAUUGGAAGCUCACCAUUUGAUUUAUGUUGUUGGUUGGUCGAUUUACUGCAAGGUGAGGCUGGUAAGAGAGCCUACUCGACCGUUGCCAAGCGGCGGGGAUCUUACAUUGGGGGAGCUUCUCAAGUACAAAUCGCAGGAGGGUGUUCGAGUGUGCUUGCUCGUUUGGGACGAUAAGACUUCCCAUGACAAAUUAUUCCUUAAAACGGCAGGUGUUAUGGAAACUCAUGAUGAAGAAACACGAAAAUUUUUCAAACAUUCAUCUGUUAUAUGUGUGCUAGCUCCUCGUUAUGCCAGCAAUAAACUUAGUAUUGUCAAACAACAGGUUGUGGGAACACUUUUUACUCACCAUCAGAAAUGUGUGUUGGUUGAUACACAAGCUUUUGGAAAUAAUCGAAAGAUUACUGCUUUUAUAGGAGGUCUUGACCUCUGUGACGGUCGUUAUGAUACUCCUGAACAUAGGAUUUUUAAGGAUCUUGAUUCCAUCUUUGUGAACGACUUUCACAAUCCCACCUUUUCUACUGAAACAAAGGGCCCAAGGCAGCCAUGGCAUGAUUUACACUGCAAAAUUGAAGGGCCUGCUGCAUACGACGUUCUAACCAAUUUUGAGCAGCGGUGGAGGAAAUCAACAUGCCAUCCUUUGCAGGCCCAAACAAUGGAGAUGAUGUACAGCAUUGUCGCGCAGCAACUCAAAAGCAUGGAACUUGAAGCUCACCCACAAGAUUACCUGAAUUUCUACUGUCUUGGUAACCGAGAAGAACUGCCAAAAAGUAGGGAGCAGNCAAGUGAUGAACCUUUGGAGAAAAGUUCAGCGUACCCAGUGAAGGUGGAGGCUGAUGGUAAGGUUGGCCCCUUACCAGAGCAGGAAACCUUUCCUGAUGUUGGUGGUAAGGUUGUGGGAGCACCCACUUCUCUGCCUGAUAGUCUCACAACUUAGUUUUUCAGUGGUAAGUUUGAAUUUUCUUCAGGAUUUGGUUUGUCAAUAUUUUAUUUGUUUUAUUUGAGGGAA